AUGGCGGAUGACAAGGAUUCUCUGCCCAAGCUUAAGGACCUGACAUUUCUCAAGAAGCAGCUGGAGCGCCUACAGAAGCGUGUGGAGGAUGAAGUCAACAGUGGUGUAGGCCAGGAUGGCUCACUCUUGUCCUCCCCAUUCCUCAAGGGAUUCCUGGCAGGCUAUGUGGUGGCCAAAUUGAGGGCGUCAGCAGUGUUGGGCUUUGCGGUGGGCACUUGCACUGGCGUCUACGCAGCUCAGUCCUACGCUGUACCCAACGUGGAGAAGACGCUGAAGAACUACAUUAGGUCACUACGAAAGGGGCCUGACUAG